AUGCCUCCAAGAAUACCAGAUAUUGUCAAAGUGCGUCAGCUUAUUCCUCCACUCAGUAAAAGCAUGCACAAGGGACAAGCAGGAAGAGUUGGCGUCGUCGGCGGUUCCGAAGAUUAUACUGGAGCUCCUUAUUUUAGUGCAAUUGCUUCCAUGAAAGUGGGUGUUGACCUUUGUCACGUCUUUUGCGAACCUGGUGCUGGUACUGUCAUAAAGUCGUAUUCUCCAGAUUUAAUUGUUCACCCUUAUAUGAGAACAAAGGAAAAAGUGGACUCAAAAGACGCUAGCUUAAAAGACAUAGUCGAUCGAGUCUCUAGUGUCUUUUCUAGACUACAUGUUCUCGUCGUUGGUCCUGGGCUAUCAAGGGACGAGCUUAUGUUGGACUCUGCAAAAGAACUCAUUUACAAGGCUCGAGAAAAGGAUAUGGCCAUUGUUAUUGAUGCUGAUGGGUUAUACCUGGUUCAGCAGCAUCCAGAAACGGUAAAGGAUUACAAAAAGGCUGUAUUGACGCCAAAUGUGGUUGAGUUUCAGCGAUUAUGUGAAAAGAUGAACAUUAAUGCUAAAGCUCAUCCCAAAGAUGAAGUAGCACAGCAACUUAGUAAGGCCUUUGGAGGUGUCACCAUUGUUCAAAAGGGAUCUGAAGACUACAUUGCUAAUGCAGAUCAAGUGUUAAAGUGUGAUGCCGAAGGUGGUCUCAAGCGAAUGGGUGGUCAAGGUGAUAUUCUUACUGGUAUCAUUGCUGCAUUCUUGGCUUGGGGAAAAGGAUAUGAAGAUGAAGUUUGGGAACAUCCUCAUGAAGUUGACGGUAAGGAUAUUGCCAUGUAUGCUUCAUGGGCAGCAUGCACUAUUUCAAGAACCAGCUCUCGUUUAGCCUUUCAAAAACACGGUAGAGCUGUACUAACUAGUCACAUGUUGGAAGAAAUUGGACAAAGCUAUGACCUUUUUGUUAACGAUAAGCUGUAA